AGUUUAAUAUUACAAUAAGAAUAAAAGCACGUGGGUUGAUUGUUUACAAAUUACACUACUGCAAGUCACAGAUGCCACUGCCUACUGACAUUGUUCUUUAGGCCACAAGGGCUUUUUCAUUAUUUUUUUCCCAUUUAAUUUCAUAUUUUUAAGAAUAUAUAUUGUUAUUUCUUGCCUUCGUACAUUGAGAAGACAAUCUGUUUGACAUAAAAUUUUCAGAAUCUCAAUACCGCUCCGCCCUUGUCUCCUUGUCCCUUCUCCCCUAAUUUCUUCUUUUGUAUUCAUCAUCUCCCAUGGAUCUUCAACCUUUCUUUCAACUUCUCCAUGCUUCUUUUUGCUUCUUUCUCGUCACUUUCACGCUCUUGAUUUCACUUUUUUGUCUCCUGUUUUGUGUUGUUAGACCAAAGCUGUGGUGCAACUGUGAGAUAUGCGCUGCUUAUCUCACUAUGAGUUGGUCCAAACAAUUCGACAAUCUCUGUGAUUGGUACACUCACUUGCUCAAAUAUUCGCCAGGCAAAACCAUCCACAUCCAUGUCCUUGGCAACACCAUAACAGCCAAUCCCGCCAACGUCGAAUACAUACUCAAAACCAGGUUCGACAAUUUCCCAAAAGGGAAACCUUUCUCCAUGAUCUUGGGUGACUUCCUCGGCCGUGGCAUAUUCAACGUAGACGGUGAUUCCUGGAGGUUUCAAAAGAAGAUGGCAAGCUUGGAGCUGGGCAAGCUCUCGAUACGAUGCUACGCAUUCGAUGUUAUCAACUUGGAGAUCAAAGACAGGCUUAUACCGCUGUUAUCAUCCAUUGCAACCGGGAAAGAACGCCCUGUCUUGGAUUUACAGGACGUGUUUCGAAGGUUUUCGUUCGACAGUAUCUGCCGCUUCUCCUUCGGGGUCGACCCUAGAUGCCUACAGUUUUCCCUGCCCAUGUCUGAAUUCACUACGGCCUUUGAUUUAGCCUCAAAGUUGUCAGCCGAGAGAGCCAUGACUGCUUCCCCGCUGGUAUGGAAGAUGAAAAGGAUGUUGAAUUUAGGCAGCGAAAAGGAAUUAAAAAAGGCUAUCAAGGUUGUGGAUAUUUUAGCCAAAGAAGUCAUAAGGCAGAGGCGGAAGAUGGGGUUUUCAACCAGCAACGAUCUUCUCUCCCGUUUCAUAUCUACCACAAACGACGAAACAUACUUGAGAGACAUUGUUAUAAGCUUUUUAUUGGCAGGCCGUGACACGGUUGCAUCAGGUUUAACAAGCUUGUUUUGGCUACUCGCAAAGCAUCCAAACGUGGUUUCAACGAUUAGACAAGAGGCAAAUCGAGUGAUUGGAGAAAACCAGGAGCUUACAAGCUUGGAACAAAUGGAAGACCUCCAUUAUCUACAAGCAACAGUGUAUGAGAGCAUGAGACUGUACCCUCCAAUUCAAUUCGAUUCCAAGUUCUGCCAAGCCGACGACGUAUUACCGGAUGGGUCGUUGUUAAAGAGAGGAACCAGGGUUACGUACCAUCCUUACGCCAUGGGACGGAUGGAAGAGAUAUGGGGUGAAGACUGCUUGGAAUUCAAGCCCGAAAGGUGGGUGAAAGAGGGCGGGGUGUUCGCACCCGAGAACCCAUUUAAGUACCCAGUGUUCCAGGGCGGAUUCAGGGUUUGUUUGGGGAAAGAGAUGGCUCUAGUGGAGCUCAAAACCGUGGCGCUCUCACUCCUCCGAACCUUCCAAAUCGAAUUAGCGACAGCACAACAUCGGACACCACGAUUCUCACCUGGCCUCACCGCAACUUUUAGUGGUGGACUCCCCGUCAUGGUACUAGAAAGACAGUAACAGAAAUAAAUGAUCCCAAAAAAGAAAGAAAGCAGUAAUAGUAGCAGUAAUAAUUGGUGAUGAUAUGUGACCCAGAUGAGUGGAUAAUACUACGGGAUCCGCAAAGAGAUCCAUCGUUAGGGGAGGGGGACUCGAUGAUAAAAGAGUGACGUAUGAUAUGAUUUAAUGGCCCAAUGUGUGGUUACUGGUUAAAGAUAAAAGCUGCGAUCCCUGUUUAUCAGUAUUAUUCCAACUCUUUAUAAUAUGAAUUUGAUGAUGCGACAUUACAUGUUUAUUCCUGUACAAUUUUAUGGCCGUCUCUUUUUUAUAAAUAUACUGUUAAACAGAUGGAUUUUUUUA